AUGGAGCAAGACUGCAAUGCUGCCAAUGUCUACUCAUCACCAACACUAUGUGGAACUAGUAAAGCAGUACAGGGAUUCUGCCCUGCAGAUAAAAAGCCUGCAAUGCCCUGGCCGAAUAUUAUUAACUGUGGCGUUCUGGGAUCCUACAAUCGACUUGAUCCAUUUCAGAUGCCUGUGGAACCAACUUGUGGAGCAACUCGGAGUCAGACAUUCACAGUGACUCUUGAAAUAAAAUAUCGAAUGCUGCUUCCAUGCACCACGACUAAGGUGGAUUUGCUAAAGAAUGUGGUUCAGCUUGCCUUCCAAACUCUUGGAUCUUCAUGGAGUGGUCUUACAGACUACUUGGCAGUUUCUGGGUCCUGCUCACAAUCGGCAUCAAAGGAAGUGUUCAUUAAGACUGAAUUCUCAAAAUUGUUAUCUACAAUAAACAGCCUGCCACCCAUUGGAAUCAUCAAACGAGCCGUCAUAGAAGACAGUAUACUGGAAGGGGCCGCCUUUUCGGCUAUUGCCAAUGCUGAACUCCAGAAAAAUGAAGUAGUGUUUGAUCAGUUUGUUUCAUGUGACACUGACGCAUAUGUCAUUGUUGGAAAUGAUUGUGUACAAUGUGGACCAGGUUCUUUCUUCAAUGCCACAUUGAAGCAGUGUGUUUUGUGUCCUAUUGGGUCUUACAAUCCAACACCAGGAAGGUUAGACUCGUGUGAGCAAUGUACACAGGAUAAGACAACUCUGAGGAGAGGAAGUGAUGCUUCUACCGACUGUGUUGCUACUCGGAGUCAGACAUUCACAGUGACUCUUGAAAUAAAAUAUCGAAUGCUGCUUCCAUGCACCACGACUAAGUUGAAUUUGCUAAAGACUGAGGUUCAGUCAGCCUUCCAAACUCUUGGAUCUUCGUGGAGUGGUCUUACAAACAACUUGGCAGUUUCUGGGACCUGCUCACAAUUGACAUCAACGGAAGUGUUCAUUAAGGCAGAAUUCUCAAAGCUGUUAUCUACAAUAAAUAGCCUGCCACCCAUUGAAAUCAUCAAACAAGCUGUCCUAGAAGACAAUAUACUGGAAGGAGCUGCCUUUUUGAAUAUUGCCAAUGCUGAACUCCAGAAAAAUGAAGUAGUGUUUGAUCAGUUUGCUUCAUGCGACACUGACGCGUAUGUCAUUGUUGGAAAUGAUUGUGUACAAUGUGGAUCAGGUUCUUUCUUCAGUGCCACACUGAAGCAGUGUGUUUUGUGUCCUGUUGGGUCUUACAAUCCAACACCAGGAAGGAUAGACUCGUGUGAGCAAUGUACACAGGAUAAGACAACUCUGAGGAGAGGAAGUGAUGCUUCUACCGACUGUGUUGCUAACUGCCCAGUGGGUCAAUACCUGAAUAAUUCGGUAUGCACUGAUUGUCCAAACGACUACUACCAGGAUGAAGAAGGAAAAGAUUAUUGUCGUCCGUGUCCUCUUGGCAAAAUAACAAAGAAUCCCAAGACCGAUUCCAAAGAUAAAUGUUUUGAUGACUGUCCUUCUGGAACUGAGCUCAGUGAAAAUGGUACUUGCACAGAUUGCCAGCAAGGAUAUUACCGGACUCAGACAGUGCAAGAUGACUGUACUAAAUGCCAGCUUGGCAAAACCACACGUGAAAAAAAAUCUAGAUCAGAAGCGGAUUGCAACUUGCCUGACUGUCAAAGUGGAAAUUUCAUUAAUGCAACAGAUAAUAACACAUGUCAUAUGUGCCCCAUUGGUCAGUACCAGCCUUUCAAGUGGCGGUUUGAAUGCAUGAGAUGUAAUGAGAACUAUGCCACUGAAUCUGAGGGUUCAGCAUCUGCAUAUGACUGCAAAUUCUACUGUCCAGAAGGAUAUGAAGUUGAAUCAGCACAAAAUGAAAAAUGUCGAAUCUGUCCACGUGGAACAUACCGACAGAACAAUGGAAAUGAGAGAUUUUCACCGUGUCAGAACUGUACACAAAACACAACCGAUGGUCCUGGUUCUAAAACCAUGUCUGACUGCUCCAUUCCAAUUUGUACAGCUGGUCAGAGAAUUACAAAUAAUCAAUGUGAUGACUGUCCAGUUGACACUUACCAGAACGUCAGCUUACCACAUUCAAACACCAGAUGUAUGAAUUGCCCUGACGGCUUUGGUACGAUGACAGAAAAAUCUACUGCAGAAACUGACUGUAAAUUCUACUGUGUGGAAGGAUAUGAAGUUGAAUCAGCACAAAGCAAAACAUGUCGAAUCUGUCCACGUGGAACAUACCGACAGAACAAUGGAAAUGAGAGAUUUUCACCAUGUCAGGACUGUACACAAAACACAACCAAUGGUCCUGGUUCUAAAACCAUGGCUGACUGCUACAUUCCAAUUUGUACAGCAGGUCAGAAAAUUAAAAAUAAUCAAUGUGAUGACUGUCCAGUUGACACUUAUCAGAACGUCAACUUACCACAUUCAAACACCAGAUGUACGCAUUGCCCUGGGGGCUUUGGUACGAUGACCACAAAAUCUAUGAACAAAGAUAACUGUAAACCUGUUUGUUCUCAAGGAAAACAGUACAAUAAAACAAGUGCAUCGUGUGUCCCAUGUCCUCAAGGUUACUGGAAGAACGAUUCUAUGAGGUUUGAUCAGUGUGAAAUGUGUCGUGAGAACUACACUACUCCUGGUGAAGGUUCAACCAAUCCUGGUCACUGCUUAAUAAGAGACUGUCCACCAGGAACGAAAAUAAGUGGAGAAAACUGUGAGUCCUGUCCAUUUGGAGAAUACCAGGAUGAACCAAGACAAACUGUCUGCAAAGAAUGUGGACCAAACCUGAACACGUCAAAAACCGGAGCUUCCAGUAUUGAUGACUGUACAGUAUCAUGUGCACCAGGACUAGAGGGUCCGGAUGGCUCAUGUGUGGCAUGCAGAGAUGAUACUGUGAAACCAUACAUUGGUAAUGGACAGUGUGAACCCUGUACUGAAAACAGGACAUCCAAUGCUAACCAUACCAGUUGCACAGGUGAAGUGUUUUGUGCCAUUGGUGCCGAAUAUGUAUCAUCCACAACAGACUGUUCUCUAUGUGCAAUUGGCUUCUUCAAGAAUAUCCGUGGUAACACUCCCUGUAAAGCCUGUCCUGGCAACUACAUUACUUCCAGUGUUGGUACGGCAUCCAUGACUGACUGCAGCAAAUUGCAAUGUGUACCUGGGUUCUAUGGCUCAUCAGAUUCCUGCAUCCCAUGUGAUCUCGGCUUCUACAAGUCCGCCCAUGGCACUGACAACUGUACUAAAUGUGACGAGUCUCUCACAACCAGCAGUAAAGCUUCGACUGCCAAGUCAGAUUGUUCAGUUGUUGUGUGUGACGCUGGGUCUUACCGAACUCAGAGCAACCAGUGUCAGCCAUGUCCAAAGGGCAAGUACCAGCCAGUGAGUGGGAUGGAUUCCUGUGAGUCAUGUCCGAACGACAACUAUACGACUGAGAAUCCAGGAUCAACCCGUGAAGAUCAGUGCCUGAAAGUGUGUGAGAAGGGACACUACCGCAAUGAGGACAACAAGUGUUCAGUUUGUGGUAUUGGCUUCUACCAGCCCAGUGAAGGACAAGCGGAAUGUCUCAACUGUUCUUCUGAACAUCCUUACACCACAGCUAACACUGGAUCAACAUCGGUGGAGCAAUGUCUGAGAGUGUGUGAUAAAGGAAGUUAUCGACCAUCUACAAAUCGUAAUGGCUGCAUUAAAUGUGAGAUAGGGAAGUACCAACCCGACAAUGGAAAGACAAGCUGUAUCUUGUGUGGUGAUGCUGCUAUUGUUACUACUUUACAAACAGGAUCACCUUCUAGUGAAUCGUGCAUUCCUAUAUGUCCAGCUGGUAAGUAUUUGGACACAACAAAGAGAGCAUGUGAGCCAUGUGAAUUGGGAAAAUACAAAGACAAAACCGGAACGCGACAAGAGUGUGAUGAUUGUCCUGAUAAAAAAACAACAGCAUCAACAGGAGCAACAUCUAAAGACCUCUGCAGUCUGGACGACUGCCAAGCUGGAUUCUAUAGAAAAUCUGGUGGAACAGGAUGUAGUGAAUGUGAACGCAAUACCUACCAGGAUGAACCGUCUCAGUCGUCAUGUAAACCGUGUCCAGGUAGCAAAGUAACACUGAUCACAGGAGCCAAGUCCAUUCAGAGAUGUGUCUUGGAUUGUCCAUCUGGAGAGGAAUAUAAUGGUCUUGUCGAUAAUGGCAGCUGUGUAAAAUGUAAGAUUGGAGAAUAUCGGGUGAAGGAAAAGUCAGAUAAAUGCUUGGUAUGUCCUGAGGAGCAGACAACAAUAUCAACAGGAGCUAGCAAAUGCGUGGACUCAAAAGUGCCACCAAAACCUAGUUUGCGUGUCAGUAUUCACCUGAAGUUAAGGUUUAAAGUAACCAGUUGUGGUAAUCCUAUGCAAGUGAAAAGUGUUUUGGAGUCUUUUAUUCUGAGAAUUAUGAUAAGAAUCUGCAGGAGUUGGAAUGAAAAAUGUGACCAUGUUCGAGUGACAUUCACGUCUGCUUCUUGGUGUCCGAUUGGCAGGCGUCGAAAACGAGCUUCCGGUGACCUUGAGGCAAUUGUUGAUGUUGAUGACAUGCCUGAAGUUCUGACUAAUGGAGUCGUUAGACGUUCCGUUGAAGGUGUCUUUGCCGAUGCCUUUGGAGUGGACGCACAACCGGACACUGUGGAAUUGAAAAACAACGGAAUUGGUUUUGAUGGCAUUGUUAGUUUGACAUCAAGCAUGACCUGUACCAGUGGAUCAGUGUUGGUAAAUGGCACUGAAUGUGAAAAGUGCAAAGCUGGCACCAGGUUUGUGGAUGUGAACUCUGAUUGUGUUGACUGUAGUAAGGAAGGGAAGUACCAAAAUGCAGCUGGACAAUCUGUCUGCCUGUCAUGUCCAGGAAUAAUGACGCCAUCAGCUGAUGCCACACAUUGCAUCUCAAAAUGUGAAGCGGAGUCGGACUACUGCCAGAAUGGAGGAACCUGCACAGUCAAAUCUGAAUCUGAAGUAUCAUGCUCUUGUCCCAGUCCAUACACUGGGCCUGUGUGUGAAAUGCGAUCAGAUUCCAGUCCAGGUGUACAGCUGAAAGUCAUUGUAGGAGCUGCUGUUGGUGGAGGAUCAUGCAUCAUGAUGUUGAUUGUCAUUGUAUGCAUAUUAGGAAAAAGGAGAAAAAACAAAGCAAAACACGCAAAACCUGCACAGCGUUACACCUCUAAAUCUGCAUCGCCUGUUAAGCCUGUGCAAUUUCGUGCCCACAGGAGUCACCACAGGAGUCACCACAUUAAUCCAGCCUAUAACAGGGAUGAAUAUCACUUUUAUGACCCAGUGGAAAGCAGCAUGUCUGACAGAAGCAUGCUUGAUGAACAGUUCAAUUAUUCGACCCCUGAGAAUGUCUAUGCUGAAAUAGAAGAACCGUACUCCAGUCUUUACGGACUGAGUGUUGGUUCUACUUCGCCCAAAAGUCGAGGGACCUUCAUUAAUAAGGAUCAUGCUAACAUUGAAACUAAAUAAGAUGCUAUGUAAGAUUUGGAACUGUAACCAAAGGGAAAAUGUUUAAUUUCAGGUGUUCAAAUAUGGCAUUUCCUGUGUUCUCACCACAAGGAAAAGUGUGGGUGGGGUGGGUGGUUAAUGCACAGCUAUUUGUAAUAUGUGUAUGUUAACAGUUUAUGUGCAUCAUGAUACAAUUAACAUUUGAAGAGUUUAGGCGCAAAACGCGAUAUAUCCAUUUUUCAUUUACAGUAAAAAUUAUUUUUUUAAUUGGCGUAUAUCGCGUUUUGAUUAAAAAAAACUCACAAAAAAACGGGAUUUACCCAAUACAAUUUCAUAAGGAUCAUCGCGUUUUGCACCUGAACUCUUCAUUUGUUUGGUAUCAAUCUAUACCUUAAAUUGUUCAGUGAAAGACAAAAUCUGUAUCCUAACCAGAUGCAUGAGAUGUGAGCGAAGCAAUAUUUAUAUCAUAACCAAAUGCGACCAUAAUGACAAGUCUUCAAUUUUUGAAAUCUCCCAAGAAAAACUUGUCUGAUUGUUUUAUAUAUUUUUUUGCUAAUAAAAUAAAAACAAUUCCCAUCGGAAUUGUGUCUCUCCCUCGACUAAAUCAAUCUGUUGUGCCGUAUGUGUGCAGUUAGGAUGCAACAAUUGACGUGAAUGAUUUCUAAAAAGAAUUGUGUCACUCACUUCCAGUUAGGAUACAGCUUAAGAAUCAUGUGACCAAUGCAUUAUACAAAAUAGUUUUGAAUAGAACUUGUCAUCAUCUAAGUGACUACGGUUUGUACAGUUCUUCUUUUCUUGGUCCCCGACUGGUCCAACCGGAGGGGACUAUAGGUUUCAUCUCCAUCCAUCCGUUUUUUGCAGAAGGCUUUGAGAUAACUGAAAUUUUGUGUAUGGUUUCACCAUGUACUAUUACAGAUCAAGUGUGACU